ACGGAAAGCGCGCCGCAAACAAGGCACAUUUCAGCCACACUAGAGGAUUUUUUUUUGUUUUUUUAGCAGAAUUUAGCCUAACCAACUCUGUUCGAUUUGCCCUUGUGCUUUGGUAGUAUUGGGAAAUGGCACUUCCGGUAUAAAAAAAUGCCAGAGAAAGAGACUGGGUCCAGCUGUCAUCAGAAAAUCAAUCACACAGAGAUGGAAACAAAGAACAACAAAGAAGCCGUGGCGGGAAUCUUUUCAGCGAUAAGCCACAACGGAAAUAACACACGAAAGGGAAAGUCAAUGAAAGCUGUUCGAGUAAGAGACAGUCCUUCCUCUCCUUUGUGAUGUAAAAAAUCUGCUUGCGACUCUAAAAGAAGCGAUCUAAUUUUACACAAAAGUAGUUAUCCGAGAGGAUGUUGACAUCUCGUUGUGAACGAGUUUGCUAGCUGCUCCACAGAAGUGUUUGUAUUCGUAGCGCGCCGCAAAAGAUGUCAUGUGUGUCAGUUCUAUGGACCGUUCUGUCUGUCCUGUUCACUGGUGCAUGCUCUCUGGCCAUCAUCUCACCUUUCUGGUUUGAACGAGUUCCCGAUCCAGAUGACGUCUCAUCCGAUAACAGUUCCUUUGUUGCAUUUGGCCUGCUAAGAUUUUGCAUCAAGAGAAACUUGGAAUCAAUACUUGAAAUGGAUGAGUGGAGUGAUUUCAAGAACUGCAAGUUUUAUUCAAGCUUCCAUGGAAUUCCAUCACUGUUUUGGAAGUUUUCGGUUGUGCUCUAUGGAAUAGGAGUCCUGUUACUUUUAGUGGCAAUACUGCUGGCCCAUAUCUCAUGUUGCUUUAAGAAAGUGUGUAAAAGAUCAGUGUUUGGAGUGGCAGGCGUGGUGCAGAUAUCGGCAGUUAUUUUCCUGGUCAUCAGUCUUGUGAUGUUUCCAUUGGGUUUUAAGUCACAGUUUGUCUCACAGCACUGCGGUUUGACUGACAUGUUCAACCCUGGACAAUGUAGUAUAUCAUGGGCAUACACCCUAGCUAUCAUGAGCACUGGACUUCUUAUGCUCUGCCCUGUUAUGGCUAGACACCUCAUGGUGACCACACCUAUGGCAAAGGCUACUGUUGUCUAAUAGAGUAUACACAUUAGUAAGGAUUCCCUAAAGAUCCCAACAGCAAAAAAAAAUGUAUGUAGUCAGGAGGGCAGGUAUCAGAAAUGUUAAAAAAAAAGCAGGCUCUUACCCAGGAUUUUCUUCUGGGAGGGUGCAAAAUCAGAAAAAGUGUGUGUGUGUGUGUGUGUGUGUGUGUGUGUGGGGGGGGGGGGGGGGGGGGGGUUGGCUUCAAAAACCUCUGACGUAUAGAUUAAUGCAUAUCAGGAUGAUCUAGAUUUUUUUAUCUUA